AUGUCUGAGUUUGCAGAAAAAGGUUCAGGUGCCGCUCUCUCUAAAGUAAUCUCAUUAGAAGUUAACAUCAAUAAAGUCGAAAUUGGGAACGGAUCAUCGUACAUUAAACUUCCUGAACAAAUUCAAAAGCGUCGAGCAUUGAAUGUUUAUGCUUUGGAAUUAAACCAAGUUAAGGAAAAACAAUUUUACGAAGUAGUACCUGCUAGACUUACACAAAACAAGCUUGAUAGACAUGUAAAUUUGCUUCUAAUUCAGGAUAAAUAUUUUCCAAAGUUAAAUGAUUACGACGCUCCUCCUAGUGACGAUGAAAAUAUUGAAAUAAAAUAUCAUUAUUGCUGGAUUAAAGAUAUGUCUAGGUUGUUAAGUUCUCAGUUAAGUAAAAACUCAAAUAAAAAAUAUAUUUGUGAUCGCUGCAUGAAUUAUUUUUACAGCGGGAAUAAACUUGCGGAGCACGAAGAGUUCUGCAGAGACAUAAACAAAUGUAAAAUGACUGUUCCCAAAUACGAUCAUGUUGCUUUUAGAAAUUUCACAUACAAACAAACCACUCCCUUUAUCAUAUAUGCUGAUUUUGAAUGUCAGUUACAUAAUUUUACAGAUUCUAAUGUAAAACUGAGCAAAACAGCAAAAUACCAAAAGCAUGUACCUUAUAGUGCAGGCUAUUACUUUAAAUGUGCUUACGAUGACGGCUUAUCAUAUUUUCGAAGCUACAGAGGUGAAAAUUGCAUGGAGUGGUUUGCAAAAGAAAUGGCUGAAAUAUCCAAAUUUGUCGAUUCUAAAAUAAAAUCAAUUGUACCUAUGGUUAAAAAGCCUAGUACAAGUAAGGCAACUGUCUGUCAUAUUUGUGAGAAACGCUUUUUAGCUACAGAUAUAAUUGUGGUAGAUCAUGAUCAUUUUACCGGAGAGGUAAGAGGAUUUGCACACCAAGCAUGCAAUUUAAACUUCAGAAAGGUGUUUGUUGUGCCAGUAGCCUUCCAUAAUUUUAGUGGAUAUGACUCACAUUUCAUGAUUAUCGAUUUAUGCAAACAUGGGCACCUGAGCUUACUUCCUAUUAAUAAAGAAAAAUAUAUUUCUUUUACUCUACAUUCAGAUGAGCAUAAAAUUAGACUAAGAUUUAUCGAUACUAUGAGAUUUAUGGGAGCUUCACUCGAUGAAUUAGCAUCACUUUUAGAUACUUCAGAGAAGAAGAUUUUAAAACAAGAAUUUUACAGUUUAGAUGAUAAUGCAUUUAAUUUAUUAACUUGCAAAGGAGUAUUUUGCUAUGAUUAUGUUGAUAGUUUGGAAAAAUUAGAGGAAACUUCUUUACCUACAAUUAGUCAUUUUUAUAAUAAAUUAUGUGAUGAACAUAUUAGCGAACAGAAGUAUGCUCAUGCGCAGAAAGUUUGGUCUACAUUUGAAUGUAAAAAUUUGGGAGAGUAUAGCGAUUUGUACUUAAAAACAGAUAUUUUGCUUCUGGCUGAUGUAUUUGAACAAUUUAGACAAAAAUGUAGGGAUACGUACCAUUUAGAUCCUGCGUGGUAUUAUACCAUACCAGGUUAUACAUGGGACUGUAUGCUUAGGUAUACAAAAUGUAGAUUAGAGUUAUUAAAAGAUGUGGAUAUGAUUUUGUUUAUUGAAAAAGGCAUAAGAGGCGGAAUAUCUGUGUGUAGUAACCGAUUUUCGGAAGCUAACAAUAAGUACAUGUCGACAUAUGACCCCACACAGCCCUCUAAGUACAUCAUGUAUUUAGAUGUAAAUAAUCUCUAUGGUUGGGCUAUGAGUGAAUAUUUACCCUUUGGAGGAUUUAAGUGGAUUGAAGAUGUAACCAAAUUUGGUGUAGCAUCUAAAUCCACUAAACUUCCCAAGGGGCAUAUUGAUAUUAUGUCAAUUCCGAAUGCUGCGAAGGAGGGCUAUUUCUUUCAAGUUGACUUAGAGUAUCCACUUGAAUUACACGACAAACAUAAAGAUUUUCCAUUUGCUGCCGAACACCGCAUUCCUCCCGGUUCAAAACUACCAAAAUUAUUGCCAACUCUUUUUAAUAAGUCAAAAUAUAUUAUUCAUUAUAGAAAUUUAAAGCAGGCUUUAUCUAACGGAUUAAUUUUAACUAAAAUACAUAAAGUUUUGAAAUUUAAUCAAUCUGCAUGGCUGCGGCCCUAUAUUGAGUUAAAUACUAACUUACGGGCUGCAUCUAAGAGCAGUUUUGAGAAAAAUCUCUAUAAAAUGAUGAACAAUGCUGUGUUUGGUAAGACCAUGGAGAAUAUAAGGAGGCAUAGAACUGUAAAAAUAUGUAAAAAUUGGAAUGGAAGGUAUGGAGCCAAAAACUUGAUUGCAAGUAUUCGGUUUCACAGUCGUACUAUCUUUAGUGAAAACCUGGUGGCCAUCGAACUAACCAAAUCAGUAGUGUGUUUUAAUAAGCCUCUGUAUAUAGGUGCAGCAAUCCUAGACAUAUCAAAAUUAUGUAUGUAUGAUUUUCAUUACUCCUUCAUGCUUCCAACGAUGGGAGAAGAAAAUUGUAUGUUAUUGUACAUGGAUACAGAUAGCUUCAUCUAUGAAUUACAGUGUUUAGAUGCAUAUAAGGAGGUUUUAAAGGCACACAACUCUAAAUUCGAUACAUCUGACUAUUCGGAAAAUAACCCGUACAUGAUAGAACGGUUAAAUAAAAAAAUCCCCGGUCUAAUGAAGGAUGAAGCUAAUGGAAAAAUUAUUACAAAUUUUAUUGGUCUAAGAUCAAAAAUGUAUACAUUUAAAUUACAAACAACUGAUGAAGAGAGAGAAAAAGAGAGAGAACGUUUAAAACUGAAACUAAACAAGGAACAAAUUGAUUGUGGUAUUCAAAAUUUAGGUAUAACCAAAAAAGCAAAAGGUGUAAAAUAUAAUGUAGUCAAAAAUAUAAUCACAUUUGAAGAUUUUGAAAAUUGUUUAAAAGAAUACAAAAUUAAAAGCACAAACCAAAGGUGUAUUCGGUCAUAUCAACAUUCAGUAUUCAGCAUAGAGCAAACAAAAACGGCCCUAAGUCCUUAUGAUGAUAAACGAUAUUUAAUACCAGAAUCCUUUAAGACGCUUCCCUGGGGACAUUGUGAUAUACCAUAA